CUGUCCUGCUCCGGAAGUGGCGGGGCUUAGCGAGAGAUGCGGAAGGGGAAUCCUGAAGGCGCUGCGUCGCUGUGCUGAAGCCGCUUCAAAAUGGGCAAGAAGGAGCGAGAUAAGAAGAAAUCUAAGAAACGCCACUAUGAGGAAGCAGAAGAAGAAGAAGAAUAUGAUAUCUCGGGCAAAGAAUCUCAAGAAGCAAUUCCCUCAGCAGCGGGGAAGCAAGUGGAAGAUUCCACAAUCAAAGUAGAUGAAUAUGGAGCAAAAGACUACAGGAACCAGAUGCUGCUAAAGGCUGAUCAUUCCUCGCGCCCUUUGUGGGUGGCCCCUGAUGGCCAUAUUUUCCUUGAAGCCUUUUCACCCGUUUACAAGUAUGCCCAGGAUUUCCUAGUUGCUAUUGCUGAGCCAGUUUGCCGACCAACCCAUGUGCAUGAAUAUAAAUUGACAGCUUACUCCCUCUAUGCUGCUGUCAGUGUGGGUUUACAAACCAGUGAUAUCACUGAAUAUUUGCAAAAGCUGAGUAAGACCGGUGUGCCAGAUGGGAUCAUUCAGUUUAUCAAGCUUUGUACUGUCAGCUAUGGAAAGGUAAAGCUGGUCCUGAAGCACAACAGGUAUUUUGUAGAAAGCACCCACCCUGAAGUCAUUCAGCAGCUUCUUCAGGACCCAGUUAUUAGAGAAUGCCGUCUGAGAAAUGCAGAAGGGGAAGAAACUGAACUCAUCACAGAAACGUUCACAAGUAAAUCAGCUAUUUCCAAGUCCAAUGAAGGUCCUUCAACAUCACAAGGAGCAGAUGCUCAGAAUAAACCAGAUGUCCCCGCUGACUUAUUUGAGUUUUAUGAACAAAUGGAUAAGGAUGAAGAGGAGGAGGAGGAAACCCAGACAGUGUCUUUUGAAGUGAAGCAGGAAAUGAUUGAAGAGCUUCAGAAGCGGUGUAUUCAGCUGGAGUAUCCUCUUCUUGCUGAAUAUGACUUCAGGAAUGAUUCAGUGAAUCCAGACAUUAAUAUAGAUUUGAAACCCACAGCUGUUCUCCGACCAUACCAGGAGAAGAGUUUGAGAAAAAUGUUUGGAAAUGGCCGGGCUAGAUCUGGUGUUAUUGUCCUGCCCUGUGGUGCUGGCAAGUCGCUUGUAGGAGUAACUGCUGCCUGCACUGUCCGCAAACGGUGCCUGGUUCUGGGCAAUUCUGCUGUCUCUGUGGAGCAGUGGAAAGCCCAGUUCAAAAUGUGGUCCACCAUAGACGACAGCCAAAUCUGCCGAUUUACUUCCGAUGCCAAAGACAAGCCAAUUGGCUGUUCUGUUGCUAUCAGCACCUACUCCAUGUUGGGACACACAACAAAGAGAUCAUGGGAGGCAGAAAAAGUGAUGGAAUGGUUAAAGAGUCAAGAGUGGGGCCUUAUGAUCCUUGAUGAAGUACACACCAUACCUGCAAAAAUGUUCAGGCGUGUGCUGACCAUAGUUCAGGCCCAUUGCAAGCUUGGGCUAACAGCCACCCUCGUCAGAGAAGACGACAAAAUUGUAGACUUGAAUUUCCUCAUUGGGCCUAAAUUGUAUGAAGCCAAUUGGAUGGAGCUGCAGAACAAUGGAUAUAUUGCUAAAGUCCAGUGUGCUGAGGUUUGGUGCCCAAUGUCUCCUGAGUUCUACAGAGAAUAUGUGGCUAUUAAAACAAAGAAGCGGAUAUUGCUCUACACAAUGAAUCCAAACAAAUUCAGGGCUUGCCAGUUCUUGAUUAAGUUUCAUGAGCGAAGGAAUGACAAAAUCAUAGUCUUUGCAGACAAUGUGUUUGCCCUGAAGGAGUAUGCAGUUAGGCUGGGCAAACCUUAUAUAUAUGGGCCUACAGCACAGGGAGAGAGAAUGCAGAUCCUACAGAAUUUCAAGCAUAACCCCAAAAUCAACACCAUCUUUAUUUCCAAGGUAGGUGACACAUCCUUUGAUCUUCCAGAAGCCAAUGUUCUGAUUCAGAUUUCAUCCCACGGAGGGUCUCGAAGACAGGAGGCUCAAAGAUUGGGUCGAGUGCUAAGAGCCAAAAAAGGAAUGGUUGCAGAGGAGUACAAUGCCUUCUUUUAUUCUCUGGUCUCCCAAGACACUCAAGAAAUGGCAUACUCAACCAAACGUCAACGGUUUCUAGUAGAUCAAGGGUACAGCUUUAAGGUGAUCACUAAACUUGCAGGUAUGGAGGAGGAAGAGCUUAUGUUUUCAUCCAAGGAAGAACAGCUGCAGCUUCUCCAAAAGGUUUUGCAAGCCUCAGAUAUGGAUGCUGAGGAAGAGGUGGUUGCAGGAGAGUACGGCUCAAAGUCAUCUCAGGUUUCCCGACACUAUGGCACAAUGAGCUCCAUGUCUGGAGCAGAUGAUACGGUUUACAUGGAAUAUCAAACCUCACGAAGCAAAGCCUCUUCAAAUAAACAUGUCCAUCCACUUUUUAAACGUUUUAGAAAAUAAGAUAAGGAAAACACAUUGAGUAAAGCAAUUCACACACAGUAUAAAAUGUUAUAUUGGGAUUCACCUUAAUUAUUUCUGUAUAGUAUUUCCUAGGUAAUACUUUCAGCUUGUAUUUUUAUUUAACAGUUUUAAAUAUGGCUUUAGAAUAAUUAUCAACUGAGGAAACUAUUUUUAUGUAUAUUUGGAAGAGUCAGAUAUCUGACAACACUGAAUAAAAAUAUUCUGUACAGAAAGCACCCAUAAAUCAUAUCAUUGUUUCUUUCCUCUGAAUCUUCUUGCUGCCACAAUUGGAUGCCUUCAGCAAAAGACUCAACCAUGCAAAGAACAGUGGUACUACAGUAGGGCCCUGCUUUUCGGCGACCCGCUUUUUGGCGUUCCACUAAUACUGCAGCUUUCAAUUAGAGUAAGGCCCCACUCAUAUGGCAUGUGUUCUGCUUUUGCAGUGUUUUUCAGGUGUCAGGUGGCAUGUUAUUGAUGGAGUUCCACUCUUCGGUGGGUUUCGUUUUUAGGCGGGGGUCUGGAAAUUAACCCGCCGUAUGAGUGGGGUCCUACUGAAUUGAUUUCAGUCCCUUAUGUAAUGAUUUUGAUCCAUUUCUUUCCCUGCCCAUAGGCUUCCCAGAAAAAUUGAUGGGAAGAGUUGUACAUGCCUAAGACAGGGAAGACUUGGGCCAUAUUACAUAUUAUGCCAUUCUGGUCCUAAACCAUGAUGCUUAUUUCCUGGUUAGGUUCAAUGGUCAACAAUUUUUUGUUCUGCUUUAUGCAGAUGGUAUGGUCCUUUUACCCCAGAAAAUCAUUUGACAUGGGUAUUUAUUCAGGAGAUUUAGUGAGCACUAUGUGUAGUAAAAACUGACUAUUUACAUGAAAUCUAGAUGGACUUUUAUAAUCCCCCCCCAGUUUAAAUAGACCAUGGAUAAUCAUCUGCUGGAGCACGUUUCUUCCUGCAAAUAUUUCCCCCCUCCCCCUAUAUAUAUAUAGAAAGAGAG